CGCCCGCCGCGCCUCGGAGCGCACGUUCCGCGCUUUCUCCUACACGUCCCUGGACAUUAUGCGGCCGAGCAGCGGAGCCCCAGUCCUAGUGCUACUCCUCCGGCUCCUCCUGCGGCCCGAGCGGCUCAGCUCUCGGCAGGCGGCGGCGUUGCUCAGCCGAGCGCAGACGGGACCCUCGCGGCGGGACCUCAGCGACUCCUAAAGUCAAAAGUUGGCGGCGGGCGCCGGGCUCCGCGCGCUCAACGCGGCUGCUGCCUCGGGUCGCUGCCGCAACCAAGGAGGGCAGGAGGGAGGAGGUGGGGUAACGGGGGAGGGGUGAGGAGCACCAUGCAGUUUGUAUCCUGGGCCACACUGCUAACGCUCCUGGUGCGGGACCUGGCCGAGAUGGCGAGCCCAGACGCCCCGGCGGCCGUGCGCAAGGACAGGCUGCACCCGAGGCAAGUGAAAUUAUUAGAGACCUUGAGCGAAUACGAAAUCGCGUCUCCCAUCCGAGUGAACGCUCUCGGAGAACCCUUUCCCACGAACGUGCACUUCAAAAGAAGGCGACGGAGCAUUAACUCUGCCUCUGACCCCUGGCCUGCCUUCGCCUCCUCCUCUUCCUCUUCUACCUCCUCCCAGGCGCAUUACCGCCUCUCCGCCUUUGGCCAGCAGUUUCUAUUUAAUCUCACCGCCGAUGCCGGAUUUAUCGCUCCACUGUUCACUGUCACCCUCCUCGGGGAGCCCGAGGAGAACCAGACAAAGUUUUAUUCGGAGGAGGAGGCAGAACUCAAGCACUGUUUCUACAAAGGCCAUGUCAAUACCAAGUCCGAGCACACGGCGGUCAUCAGCCUCUGCUCAGGAAUGCUGGGCACAUUCCGGUCCCAUGAUGGGGAUUAUUUUAUCGAACCACUGCUGUCCAUUGAUGAAGCAGAAGAUGAAGAUGAGCAGAACAAACCCCAUGUUAUCUACAGGCGCAGCAGCCCCCGUAGAGAGCCCCCCACGGGAAGGCACGCGUGCGGCACCUCAGAACACAAAACUGGUGACAGCAAGGACGAGAGGCAGAGGAGAAGAAGGACGUGGGAAGGAAGGAGUACCCUGGCUGAUGAUGUGGCUGUCUUCAAAAGCAGCUUAGCGACACGGGCGCUUUCUGCCUCUGGCAACAAGACGGACAGCACCAGAGAAAAGAGGACCCACAGAAGAACAAAACGUUCUUUAUCCUAUGCACGGUUUGUAGAAGUGAUGGUGGUGGCAGACCGAAGAAUGAUUUUAUACCAUGGAGCAAACCUUCAACACUAUGCUUUAACUUUAAUGUCAAUUGUAGCCUCUAUCUAUAAAGACCCCAGUAUUGGAAAUUUAAUUAAUAUUGUUGUUGUGAACUUAGUUGUGAUUCAUAAUGAACAGGAAGGACCUGCCAUAUCUUUUAAUGCUCAGACAACACUACGAAACUUUUGCCAGUGGCAGCAUUCAAAGAACAAUCCGGGUGGAAUCCAGCAUGACACUGCUGUCCUCAUCACGAGACAGGAUAUCUGCAGAUCCCACGACAAAUGUGACACCUUAGGCCUGGCUGAACUGGGAACGCUCUGUGAUCCGGUCAGGAGCUGCUCUAUCAGCGAGGACAAUGGACUGAGCACGGCUUUUACCAUAGCCCACGAACUGGGCCACCUGUUUAAUAUGCCUCAUGACGACAGCAAUAAGUGCAAAGAAGAAGGAGUGAAGAGUCCCCAGCAUGUCAUGGCUCCAACUUUGAACUUCUAUACCAAGCCCUGGAUGUGGUCAAAGUGCAGUCGAAAAUACAUCACUGAAUUUUUAGACGGUGAUGGUGGCGAGUGUUUGUCUAACCAACCUGCGUCCAGAGCCUACACUUUGCCUUCCCAGCUGCCCGGCCUCCUUUACAACGUGGAUAAACAAUGCGAAUUGAUUUUUGGACAAGGUUCUCAGGUGUGCCCAUAUAUGAUGCAAUGUCAGCGACUCUGGUGCAGUAACACGGAUGGAGGAGGAGGAGAGGAUGGACCAGGCAAAGGCUGCCGGACUCAGCACACGCCCUGGGCGGACGGGACCGAGUGUGAGCCCGGAAAGCACUGCAAGUUUGGGUUUUGUGUUCCCAAAGAAACGGAGGACCCCCUGACUCAUGGAUCCUGGGGAAGUUGGACUCACUUUGGAACCUGCUCAAGAACGUGUGGAGGGGGCAUCAGAAUCGCUGUCCGGGAGUGCAACCGACCAGAGCCAAAAAACGGUGGAAGGUACUGUACAGGGCGUCGAAUGAAAUUCAAGUCCUGCAACAUCCAGCCGUGUUCCAAGCAGAAGCGAGACUUCCGAGAGGAGCAGUGCUCUCAGUAUGAUGGGAAGCAUUUUAACAUCAACGGCCUCCUUCCGAGCGUGCGCUGGGUGCCUAAGUACAGUGGAAUUCUCUUGAAGGACAGGUGCAAGUUGUACUGCAGAGUGGUCGGGAGCACAGUCUACUAUCAGCUCCGCGACAAAGUGGUGGAUGGGACUCCAUGUGGCCAGGACACCAGCGAUGUCUGUGUCCAAGGCGUUUGCCGGCAAGCUGGAUGCGAUCAUGUUUUAAACUCAAAAGCCCGGAAAGAUAAAUGUGGGGUGUGCGGUGGAGAUAAUUCUUCGUGCAAAACAGUGGCAGGAACAUUUAAUAUAGCACAUUAUGGUUAUAAUUUCGUGGUCCGAAUUCCAGCCGGUGCCACCAGCAUCGACGUGCGGCAGCACAGCUUCUCGGGGAAGUCUGAGGAUGAUAACUACUUAGCGUUAUCGAACAGUGAAGGUGAAUUCUUGCUCAAUGGAGACUUCGUUGUCACCAUGUCCAAAAAGGAAAUCCGCCUUGGGAAUACUCUGGUAGAGUACAGCGGGUCCGACAAUGUCGUGGAGAGACUGAAUUGCACAGAUCGCAUAGAACAAGACCUUUUGCUGCAGGUGUUGUCGGUGGGGCAGCUGUACAGCCCCGACGUGCGUUAUUCCUUCAACGUCCCCAUUGAAGACAAGCCCCAGCAGUUCCACUGGAGCAGCCAUGGGCCCUGGCAAGCCUGUAGCAAACCCUGCCAAGGGGAGCGGAAACGGAAACCUGUUUGCACCAGGGAAUCUGAUCAGGUUAUAGUUUCUGAUCAAAAGUGCGAUCGGCUGCCCCAGCCAGGACCCAUCACUGAGCCCUGCGGCACAGACUGUGACCUGAGGUGGCAGGUCGCCGGCAGGAGUGACUGUAGCGCCCAGUGUGGCUUAGGGUACCGCACGCUAGACGUCAUCUGUGCCAGAUACAGCCGGCUGGAUGGGAAGACCGAGAAGGUUGAUGACCACUUUUGCAGCAGUCACCCCAAGCCAGACAACCAGGAAAAAUGCUUAGGAGAAUGUGACACAGCAGGCUGGCACUACUCUGCUUGGACUGAAUGUUCUGCAAGCUGUGAUGGUGGAAUCCAGAGGAGAAGGGCUAUUUGUGUCAACACACGAAAUGAUGUCCUGGAUGACAGCAAGUGCACACAUCAAGAGAAAGUCACCCUUCAGAGGUGCAGUGAGUUCCCUUGUCCACAGUGGAAAUCCGGAGACUGGUCAGAGUGCUUGGUCACCUGUGGGAAAGGGCACCAGCACCGUCAGGUCUGGUGUCAGUUCGGUGAAGAUCGAUUAAACGAUGGAGUCUGUGACCCUGAGACCAAGCCAGCUUCCAUGCAGACCUGUCAGCAGCCAGAAUGUGCGUCCUGGCAGGCGGGUCCCUGGGGACAGUGCAGUGUCACUUGUGGACAGGGAUACCAGCUGAGAGCAGUGAAAUGCGUCAUCGAGACUUACAUGUCCGUGGUAGAUGACAAGGUCUGCAGUGCGGCAACUAGACCAACUGAGACCCAGGACUGUGCACUGCCAUCUUGUCACCCUCCCCCGGCUGUCCCAGAAGCAAGGAGGAACGUACACAGCGCGCCAAGAACCACGUGGCGAUUUGGGUCUUGGACUCCAUGCUCAGCCACUUGUGGGAAGGGUACCCGGAUGAGGUAUGUCAGCUGCUGGGACGAGGACGGCUCCGUGGCUGAUGAGAGCGCCUGUGCAGCCCUGCCCAGACCUGCGGCUGAGGAGGAAUGUUCUGUGACCCCCUGUGGCCAGUGGAAGGCGUCAGACUGGAGCCCUUGUUCUGUGACGUGUGGGCAAGGUAGGACAAGCCGGCAAGUGGUAUGUGUCAACUACAGUGACCAUGUGAUCGAUCAGAGCAAGUGUGACCCAGAUUACAUCCCAGAAACCGACCAGGACUGUUCCAUGCCACCCUGCUCUCGGCAGACCCCAGACCGUGGCCUUGCUCAGCACCCUUUCCAGAAUGUGGGCUAUCACCCCAGGAGCCCCGGCCCGAGCCAGACCCAUGUGCUCGGUGGAAACCAGUGGAGGACUGGCCCCUGGGGAGCAUGUUCUAGCACCUGUGCUGGCGGGUCCCAGCGGCGGGUUGUUGUGUGUCAGGACGAGAACGGAUACACCGCAAGUGACUGUGUGGAGAGAAUCAAACCUGAUGAGCAAAGAGCCUGCGAGUCUGGCCCAUGUCCCCAAUGGGCGUAUGGUAACUGGGGAGAGUGCUCUAAGCUGUGUGGUGGAGGCUUGCGAACAAGACUGGUGGUCUGCCAGCGACCCAGCGGUGAGCGGUUCCCAGACCUGAGCUGUGAGGUCCCUGACAAGCCGGUGGAUCGUGAGCAGUGUAACACGCACGUGUGUCCUCAAGACGCUGCCUGGAGCACUGGCCCUUGGAGCCCGUGUUCUGUCUCUUGUGGUCGAGGGCAUAAACAACGCAAUGUUUACUGCAUGGCAAAAGAUGGAAUCCAUUUAGAAAGUGAUUACUGUAAACACCUUGCUAAGCCCAGUGGGCACCGAGAGUGCCGAGGAGGAAGAUGCCCCAAGUGGAAGGCUGGCGCCUGGAGUCAGUGCUCUGUGUCCUGCGGCCAAGGCGUGCAGCGGAGAAAUGUGGGCUGUCAGAUGGGAACACGCAGAGAUGCCCGAGAGACCGAGUGCAGCCCGUACACCAGACCGGAGUCGGAGCGCGCCUGCCGAGCCCCGCUGUGCCCUCUCUAUGCUUGGAGGGCAGAGGACUGGCAAGAGUGCUCCAAGACGUGUGGCGAAGGCUCCCGGUACCGCAGGGUGGUGUGCGUGGGCGAGGACACGGGCGGCGAGGUGCACGGCGCGCACUGCGACCGGAGCCAGCGGCCCGCGGACCGUGAGAGCUGCACCUUGCAACCCUGCGAGUAUGUCUGGAUCACCGGAGAGUGGUCAGAGUGCUCAGUGACCUGUGGAAAGGGCUACAAACAAAGGCUCGUCUCCUGUAGCGAGAUUUACACCGGGAAGGAGAAUUAUGAGUACGGCCACCAAACCGCCACCAACUGCCCGGGCACGCAGCCCCCCAGCGUCCACCCCUGCUACCUGAGGGACUGCCCCAUCUCUGCCACCUGGAGAGUGGGCAACUGGGGGAGCUGCUCCGUGUCCUGCGGUGUCGGGGUGAGACACAGAUCCGUGCAAUGUUUAACCAACGAGGACCAGCCCAGCCACUUGUGCCCUGCAGAUCUGAAGCCGGAAGAGAGGAAACCUUGCCAUAACAUCUAUAACUGCGAGUUACCCCAGACCUGCAGGGAGGUGAAAAGGCUGAACGGGGCCACCGAGGACGGCGAGUACGUCCUGGCCGUCAAAGGAAAGCCCCUGAAGAUAUUCUGUGCGGGGAUGCAGUCCGCCCACCCCAAGGAGUACCUGACACUGGUCCGCGGGGACUCUGAGAACUUCUCCGAGGUUUACGGGCACAGGCUGCACAACCCGACCGAGUGUCCCUACAACGGGAGCCGACGCGACGACUGCCAGUGUCGGAAGGACUACACAGCAGCUGGGUUUUCCAGCUUCCAGAAAGUCAGGAUAGACCUGAGCAGCAUGCAGAUAAUAACCACCGACUUACAGUUUGCAAGGACAAGUGAAGGGCAUCCCGUGCCUUUCGCCACAGCUGGGGACUGCUACAGUGCCGCCAAGUGCCCACAGGGUCGUUUUAGCAUCAACCUUUACGGAACAGGCCUGUCUUUAACGGAAUCUGCCAGAUGGAUAUCGCAAGGGAACUAUGCCGUCUCCGACAUUAAGAAGUCACCGGACGGUACCCGAGUCGUAGGAACAUGCGGUGGUUACUGCGGAAAAUGUACGCCGUCCUCAGGCACUGGCCUGGAGGUUCAAAUUUUAUAG